CGUGCGCAUCUGGGGGAGUUUUUCCUGAAUAAUAAUUGGAAUAGGGAGUGCAGUUUAAUGUAUUAAGAAAUAUUACUUUCUGGCUAAAAAUGUGUGGUUAAUUCUUUUGCGAUAUGGAAAUAGAAGACGGAUCUCGAGAGGAGACCGUCGAAGAUUUACGUCAGAAACUGAAAGAGAUUAAAAAACUUAUGGCAGAGCGUCAACUAGCUGAUUUAAAGCUUGAAGAAAGAGGGAAAAAUAAUUCAGUGGGCGUUAUAGAUGGAAGUUUUUUGAGUGUCGUGUUCGGGGUAGCUUUAAUUGUAAUCCUUACGGUUAGCAUUUACGCUUUUUGUAAUUUAUACUACGCUAUAUUAAAAAAAUUUCCGCCGCAACAUACGGAAUUAUAAUUGUUUGCGGUCUUCGUGCGGGCGGUAAAAACAUUUAAAAUUUAAAAAAGUACUGUCGGCAAAUGUUCAAAAAGGUUAUCUAUUUAUGCAACAUCGAUUUUUGACUCAUUGAGAGUUUAAAUAAACACUUCAUAGUUAUUAA